CUAACCAAACGGCCGUCUUUCAAAGCACAAUUACGUUCGGAAGGGCAAAAUCAUCAUCUGCCACAUCCAUAAUCACAUCUUCCAGUCCGUAACGCCACCUCUUCAUGAAAUAAAUUCACACAUCCGCACGACCUCAAAAACCUUGUAAAAUUGAAACAGUGCUCGAAUUCAAUCGUUUAUGGAGAUUGCACCGGCGGGGCACGACAGUGGCUUGAGAAGUUCUGUUGCAGAAACCUCUACCGUCGAUGCGAUCAAUUCGUCUUCAUCUGCUUUAUCGGAUUCUGUAGCGAACAAUUACGAUGAUGAAGACGAGGAUGUUUGCCGGAUCUGUCGUAACCCCGGUGACACGGAUAAUCCGUUGCGGUAUCCAUGCGCUUGUAGCGGUAGCAUCAAGUAUGUUCACCAAGAUUGCCUUCUUCAAUGGCUUAAUCACAGCAAUGCUCGCCAAUGUGAGGUGUGCAAACAUGCAUUCUCAUUCUCCCCAGUUUAUGCUGACAACGCUCCAGCCAGGCUUCCUUUUCAAGAGAUUGUUGUCGGGAUGGCUGUGAAAGCAUGUCAAGUCCUGCAGUUUUUCCUUCGUCUUAGCUUUGUGCUCUCUGUGUGGCUGCUCAUAAUACCUUUUAUUACAUUCUGGAUAUGGAGAUUGGCUUUUGUAAGAAGUUUUGGAGAAGCUCCGAGACUCUUUUUGAGUCACUUAUCUACAACCAUUAUGCUUACUGACUGUCUGCAUGGUUUUUUACUCUCUGCAAGCAUCGUGUUUAUCUUUCUUGGGGUAACAUCAUUGAGAGACUACUUCAGACAUUUGCGUGAAUUUGGGGGACAAGAAGCUGAUAGGGAGGAAGAUGCAGAUAGAAAUGCAGUUCAUGCUGCAAUAAGAGCUCCUGGUCAAGCUGAUAGAAAUUUUGCUGCUGAUCGGAAUGGUGAAGAUGCCAAUGGUGCACAAGGAGCUGCUGGAGCUGGUCAAAUAAUCAGAAGAAAUGCAGAAAAUGUUGCAGCCCAUUGGGAGAUGCAAGCAGCACGGCUUGAAGCUCAUGUCGAGCAGAUGUUUGAUGGUUUGGAUGACGCUGAUGGCGCGGAGGAUGUACCUUUUGAUGAGCUUGUUGGCAUGCAUGGUCCUGUGUUUCAUCUGGUUGAAAAUGCAUUUACUGUUCUUGCCAGUAAUAUGAUAUUUCUUGGAGUAGUAAUAUUUGUUCCUUUAUCAUUAGGGCAAAUUAUACUCUAUUAUAUGUCUUGGCUUCUGUCCUCCGCCAGUAAUCCAGUAUUGUCAACUUUCAUGCCACUUACUGAAACAGCAGUUUUCUUGGCCAAUAUUACUCUGAAGAGUGCGUUGACUGCUGUAGCAAAUUUGACAGCGGACGACCAAAAAAAUGGUUUGCUUGGUCAAGUUGCUGAAAUAUUGAAUGGAAAUGCCACCGAUUUGAGUGCAGCAUCAGAUAACCUCAGUGCAACAGUGUCAGCUGACCUUUUGAAUGGAUCAUCCCUUUGGGGAUCCAGGCUUUCUGAUGUUACCACUCUUGCUGUUGGCUAUAUGUUUAUAUUUUCUCUAGUAGUUUUCUACCUUGGAAUUCUCACUCUAAUUCGGUACACUCGCGGAGAGCCAUUGACAUUGGGAAGAUUUUAUGGCCUUGCUUCCAUUGCAGAAACCAUCCCCUCCCUCUUCAGGCAGUUUGUGGCAGCGAUGAGGCAUCUGAUGACUAUGAUUAAGGUUGCGUUCCUUCUUGUCAUUGAACUUGGAGUUUUCCCUCUGAUGUGUGGAUGGUGGCUGGAUAUUUGCACCAUCAGAAUGUUUGGGAAAUCGAUCACCCAAAGAGUUGAAUUUUUUUCUGUCUCUCCAUUGGCGAGUUCAUUACUUCAUUGGGUUGUAGGGAUUGUCUACAUGCUACAAAUAAGUAUCUUUGUUAGCCUUCUUCGAGGGGUUCUGCGUAAAGGGGUUCUUUACUUCCUGCGAGAUCCAGCAGAUCCCAACUACAACCCAUUCCGUGAUCUGAUUGAUGAUCCUGUUCACAAGCAUGCUCGUAGAGUUCUUUUAUCAGUGGCUGUCUAUGGAAGUUUAAUAGUGAUGCUUGUAUUUUUGCCUGUCAAACUUGCCAUGCAAAUGACUCCUUCCAUUUUCCCACUUGAUAUUUCUGUUUCUGAUCCAUUUACUGAAAUUCCUGCUGACUUGCUUCUCUUUCAAAUCUGUAUUCCUUUUGCGAUUGAGCAUUUUAAGCUGCGUACAACAAUGAAGUCUCUUCUCUGCUACUGGUUUACUGCUAUUGGAUGGGCUCUUGGUUUAACUGAUUUCUUACUGCCCCAUCCCGAGUAUAAUGGUGGCCAAGAGAAUGGUAAUGGUGAUCAAGUAAGGCUGGAAAGGAUGCAUGCACCACAUGGUGUACCUGAUAGGGCGCUGGUAGGACUCGCUACUGAUGAUGUGAAUAGAGCUAGGCAUGCAGCGAAUGCAAACUUUCUGGAGUAUGAUGGUGAUGAAGAAACAGAUCCUAAAACAUCUUUUAGCAGGUCUGCCUUUGUGCUUCGUAUUGUGUUGUUGUUGAUUGUGGCUUGGAUGACUCUCCUCAUGCUUAAUUCUGCCCUGAUAAUAGUUCCGAUUUCACUUGGAAGAGUGCUCUUCAGUGUCCUCCCACGUCUUCCAGUAACACAUGGAAUCAAGUGCAAUGAUUUGUAUGCAUUUGUAAUUGGAAGCUAUGCAAUUUGGAUCGCUAUUGCUGGGGCAAGGUACUCCAUUGAACAAAUUAGGAAGAGGAGAGCUACGGUUUUGAUGGUCCAAAUUUGGAAAUGGUGUGUCAUUGUUCUGAAGAGUUCUGCACUGUUGUCAAUAUGGAUUUUUAUCAUCCCUCUGUUGAUUGGGCUGCUUUUUGAAGUUCUGGUCAUUGUGCCUAUGCGAGUGCCUAUUGAUGAAAGCCCAGUUUUCCUUCUAUAUCAGGAUUGGGCUUUGGGAUUAAUCUUUCUAAAAAUCUGGACUAGGCUGGUUAUGCUAGAUCAUAUGAUGCCACUGGUGGAUGGAAGUUGGAGAAUGAAAUUUGAGAGGGUGAGGGAAGAUGGUUUCUCUAGGUUGCGAGUCUUUUGGGUGCUUCGCGAGAUUGUUGUUCCAAUUAUCAUGAAGCUGCUUACGGCAUUGUGUUUCCCAUACGUUUUAGCCAAGGGUGUAUUUCCAAUAUUUGGUUACCCGUUACUUGUUAACUCUGCUGUCUAUAGAUUUGCUUGGCUUGGUAGCCUUGGCUUCAGUUUCUUCUGGUUCUGUGCAAAACGUUUCCAUGCAUGGUUCACCAAUCUCCACAAUUCUAUACGUGAUGACCGUUAUAUGAUUGGUCGUAGACUUCACGAUUAUGGGGAAGAGUUGGAGCAGAGGGAAAAGGAAUUAGUGGAGUCUAGAGAAGGCAGUUCAAGAGUGGAUAGAGAUGACCAGGAGGCUGAUGUAGGGUUAAGACAGAGGCAUGCUAUUCUGCAAGAUGCUUAAAUUUUGUGCCAAUUGUGGCCCCUUAAGCUGCUCCUCGAGAAGGAUGUUUUUGACUGGGAGCAGAGGUAUGUAAAUUGCUAACAGAUCUAGCUAUGCUCUCUUGCAGAACCUAAGAGGGAACAGAGUCAGUACUAAUUAUGUGCAGUUUCUCCAUAGUGAUAUAUAAGUUCUUGUUAAUACGUGCCUGCGCCCUUUGCAAAUCAGUGUUCAUUUUGUUAGGAGAGUACAGUUCCUUUUUUUUAUUUUGGAUUGUACGUUUAGAAGAUAUGAGGAAUAUAAGCGUUCAGAUUUAGGGGCUGGUUUGUUCCAAGUAUUUACCCAUUGCGGAAGCAAGUCACUGGAGAUGGUUAUUGAGUAUCCAUAUUCAUCAUCAUUUUAAUCUUGUGUCACUUGGUUUUAA